UGGACUCAAAAAUCGCCAUCCUCUUCAGGACUCCAGCGGUUUCCUGUUGUGUCUCCUUUGCUUUGAUCUCAUCUCUAACCUCCAUCGACCAUGUCAAUCCGCAUGUCAACCACUAGGUCCGUAGUGUCCUCGGGCCGAAGUGGCAUGAUGGGUCCGCAAAAAGCCAGCAGCGUGUAUGGCGGAUAUGGAGGGGGCGUCCGUAUCUCCUCUGCUUCUUCUAUGCAAACCAGGAGUGCAGGAGGCUUUGGCGGAGGUUAUGGUGGUGGUUUUGGUGGCGGUUACGGUGGUGGAUUCGGUGCAGGAGGCAUGGCAUCAGGGGAAGUGGUCCAGCUGAACGAGAAGGCCACCAUGCAGAACCUGAACGAUCGUCUGGCCUCCUACCUGGAGAAGGUGAGGUCUCUGGAGGCUGCCAACGCAAAGUUGGAGAAGAUGAUUCGGGAGUACUAUGAGACGAAGGGGCCUGUUGCACAGAGAGACUACAGUGCCUACUGGAACACCAUCAAUGACCUGAAGGAAAAGAUUAAAAAUGCCACCAUCAGCAAUGCCAACAUCCUUCUGCAGAUCGACAACUCCAAACUGGCUGCUGAUGACUUCAGAAUAAAAUACGAGCAUGAGCUUGCCAUGCGCCAGUCUGUGGAAGCUGACAUCGCUAAUCUGCGUCGCCUGCUGGACCAGACAACCUUGAUGAAGGCCGACCUGGAGAUGCAGAUCGAAGGUCUGCAAGAUGAACUGGCGUUUAUGAAGAAGAACCACCAGGAGGACUUGGCUGCCAUGAGGUCUCAGUUGUCCGGCACGGUGAACGUGGAGGUCGAUGCUGCUCCUCAGCAAGACAUGACCAAAGUUAUGGAGGAGAUUCGUGCGCAUUACGAGUCCAUCAUAGAGAAACAUCGCAGAGAUCAGGAGGCCUGGUUUAAAGACAAGUCCGCAGAAAUUAGCAAGGAGGUGCAGGUCAGCACAGAAAUCAUCCAAACCUCCAAGACAGAGCUCACAGACCUGCGACGCACCUUGCAGAGCCUGGAGAUCGAGCUACAGUCUCAACUCAGCAUGAAAUCGUCACUAGAAAACUCGUUGGCAGACACAAAUGCAAGAUACAGCGCUAUGCUUGCAGGAUUACAGAAUCAAAUCAAUAUGCUGGAGAAUGAGCUGACUCAGAUGCGGGCGAGUAUUGAGCAACAGGGACACGAAUACAAAAUGUUGCUGGACAUCAAGAGCCGUUUGGAGCAGGAGAUCGCCACCUACAGGAGCCUCCUGGACAAUCAGGACACAAAGUAAGGUUAUCAUUUUUAGUCAAUGUUAUCAUUAUCUUGUCACACAGUCUUAACUUUACUAAUGCACUUCUUUUUCUUUGUCUUUUAGGACUCCAGGUAAUUUAAAUCUCUUUUUGAAUAUUGUGUUAAAAUUGUUUUAUAUCUAUGUUUUAUAUGAGGCUUUAAUAAGAUUUUCUCUCUGCUCUCAGGUGCACCAGCUAAAUAGAGAGCGGACUGCUUUGUGAGACAACUUCUGAAAACACACACACGUUUUGUCUGAGCAUUCGUAAAUGCUAGCAUUGGUAUACAGAACAAGAUUCAUGUCAAAAACAGUUUACAUCUGAUGUUGUGUGCAAGAAAAGUCUCCAAAAUAAAACUGCCAAAAUACUUCAA